AUGGGACAACCACAGCAACAGGCCGCUUCGUCGGGAGGCUCAAGAAAGAUCUCGUUCAACGUCUCAGACCAAUAUGACAUUCAGGAUGUCAUUGGUGAAGGCGCUUAUGGUGUUGUCUGUUCUGCCCUGCAUAAGCCGUCUGGCCAGAAAGUCGCAAUCAAGAAGAUCACUCCUUUCGACCAUUCCAUGUUUUGUUUACGCACGUUACGAGAAAUGAAACUGCUACGAUAUUUCAAUCACGAAAACAUCAUCUCGAUUCUUGAUAUUCAAAAGCCACGAAAUUACGAAUCCUUCACCGAGGUCUACUUGAUUCAGGAACUGAUGGAGACGGACAUGCAUCGCGUCAUCAGAACUCAGGACCUUUCGGACGACCAUUGCCAAUAUUUCAUCUAUCAGACUCUCCGUGCUCUCAAGGCCAUGCAUUCUGCGGAUGUUCUGCACCGGGACUUGAAACCGUCAAAUCUCUUGCUGAAUGCGAAUUGUGAUCUUAAAGUCUGCGAUUUCGGUCUCGCUAGAUCCGCGGCUUCUGCAGACGACAAUUCGGGUUUCAUGACCGAAUACGUGGCAACCAGAUGGUAUCGCGCUCCGGAAAUUAUGCUCACAUUCAAGGAAUACACUAAGGCCAUUGAUGUCUGGAGCGUUGGCUGCAUCCUGGCGGAAAUGUUGAGCGGGAAACCACUGUUCCCGGGGAAAGAUUACCAUCAUCAACUCACUCUGAUCUUGGACGUCCUCGGUACUCCUACAAUGGAAGACUACUACGGCAUCAAGUCUCGACGUGCCCGGGAGUACAUUCGAUCCCUUCCAUUCAAGAAGAAGAUCCCGCUCAAGGCUCUGUUUCCCAAGACAUCGGACCUCGCCCUGGACCUUCUCGAGAAGCUUCUGGCCUUCAAUCCUGUCAAGCGCAUCACAGUCGAAGACGCUCUAAAGCACCCGUACCUCGAGCCGUAUCACGAUCCCGACGACGAGCCUACCGCCGAACCAAUUCCGGAAGAGUUCUUUGACUUUGAUCGCAACAAGGAUCAAUUGAGCAAAGAGGAAUUGAAGGCCUUGAUUUGGAAUGAGAUCAUGCGAUGA